AUGGCAGCAGCAUUCCAACAACAAAUAUUCGCACUUGAUGCCCGUUUUAACGCUUACAGAGCACCAAACAAUCCUAACUUCAAAACCCUGUAUAUACGACGAAGAAGUCAACUUCUUAGAGAAAAUGCUAAGUUCAAGGAUAUAGAGACUAUAAAAAAGUACUUAAAUAUUAGGAGUCAAUUACUUCAGAGACGGUAUGGAGUUCAAGAUAAUAUAUCAAUCAGUUCUGCUUCAUCCCGAGCAAGAUCUAGUAGUAAGGCUAGUUUGGCUACAGAUGAUUUGACAGUGAAUACUGUUAAGAAAAAGAAUGAUCUGACAAUAUCAGAGAAUUAUGCUUUCUCUGGGGUUCACCAUAUUUUUGAUCAGCAUACAGAACAAGUGAGUGUUGUGAAGUUCGCGAACAAUGACAGAUCCAAAUUGUGCUGUGCAUCUGACGAUGGGACUGUAUCAAUAUGUGACGUCACUGCUUCUCCACCCAAAGUCAGUUUUAUUCUUGAAGGUCACACCAAAGCUGUCACAGGUUGUGACUGGUCCGCGUCCAACGAGUUACUGGUGACGUGCGGCGCGGACGGCGCGCUGUGCCUGUGGGAGGUGGGGGGGCGGCGGCGGCUGCGGCUCGUGCGCGACCAGCUCGCCGCGCCGCUGCUCUGCUGCUGCUUCCAGCCCGCCAACAAUAACAUGGUCAUCGCUGGCAAUGCAAGAGGCAUGGUUGCAGUCCUCAAUAUCUCCACCGGAAUCUAUCCCAGAGGUGGAAGCAGUAUUCUUGGAGGUCGUGUGUUAUCAAUUGCCUGCGAGUCGAGUGGUCGUAUGUUCUGGGCAGCCAAUGAUAAGGGUGUGAUAGUGAGUUACCGCAUGGAGGGCGCCGGGUGCGUGAGCAAGUUGCGGCGGCUGUGCGUGGGCGGCGCCGUCACCUGCCUCAGCUGGAGCCCGUGGCUCGCGAGGCACCCCGCGCUGUUGGCCAGCGCCGCUGACAACUCACUGUACUUGUUCAGGAUAUCGGACCGCGAAGGCAGUUUGGUGUUGAAGAAGCGUUUCGCGACCCAGCACAGUGAGCACAGCGUCAAGUCGACGUUCUGUCCGAUAAUGUCGUUCCGUCGCGGCGUGUGCGUCGUUACCGGGGGCGAGGACGCGUGCGUCUACUUCCUGGACAUAGAGGGGCACAAGGGACAACCGGUCCUCAAUAAACUGCAAGGGCACGCAUCACCAGUGCUUGGUGUAAGCUUCAGCUACGACGAGAGUUUGCUGGCUACCAGCGAUGUCUCCGGUCUCGUCAUCAUCUGGCGCAGGAGUUAA